AUGAUGUAAUUAAGUGCUAAUGACUUAAACUAAAAAAUAGGUGUAGGUGACUAUAAAAAACAUUAAUUACUUAAGGCUUACAUUUCUAAUAUUCUUCAAUUAAUAAGACUCAACAAUUACUAAAGACUCAUUCAAAAAUAAAAUACUCAAAGGAUUAAUUAAAGUAAGAAAUUUAUUCGAAUACAAGGUGAAAAUAAAAUAUACAAAGUCAUCCACAACAAGUUUUAAAAAAUUAAAAGACUAAAUGAAAAAAAAUAAUGUAAGUUCAAUAAUUCUCAAUAAUAAGUGAGAAAAUUAAGUUAGGAAAUUUAAGUUGAAAAGAAGGAUUCAGAAAUGUUAAAUCACGUUGAUGUCCCAUAAUAUUAGUUAAGCAGAGGUAUAUUUCUGAUUUGUAAUGUUCAGGAUUAUCUUUAUUUAAUAACAAUAUGUUUGAAAAAGUUUUGGAAUUUUAUAAUUCAGCUAUUCAGAUAAACCCUGAAAAAGCUGAAUAUUAUAAUGGCAAAGGUAAAAUAGAAAUUGAAUGUUUACAUAGCAAUAACUUUAAAACAAAUGAAUCGAUAUGAAGAAGCAUUGGAAAAUUACAAUUUAGCUAUUCAGAAAAAUCCUGAAAAUGCUGAAUAUUAUAAUGGCAAAGGUAAAAUAGAAAUUGAAUGUUUACAUAGCAAUAACUUUAAAACAAAUGAAUCGAUAUGAAGAAGCAUUGGAAAAUUACAAUUUAGCUAUUCAGAAAAAUCCUGAAAAUGCUGAAUAUUAUAAUGGCAAAGGUAAAAUAGAAAUUGAAUGUUUACAUAGCAAUAACUUUAAAACAAAUGAAUCGAUAUGAAGAAGCAUUGGAAAAUUACAAUUUAGCUAUUCAGAAAAAUCCUGAAAAUGCUGAAUAUUAUAAUGGCAAAGGUAAAAUAGAAAUUGAAUGUUUACAUAGCAAUAACUUUAAAACAAAUGAAUCGAUAUGAAGAAGCAUUGGAAAAUUACAAUUUAGCUAUUCAGAAAAAUCCUGAAAAUGCUGAAUAUUAUAAUGGCAAAGGUAAAAUAGAAAUUGAAUGUUUACAUAGCAAUAACUUUAAAACAAAUGAAUCGAUAUGAAGAAGCAUUGGAAAAUUACAAUUUAGCUAUUCAGAAAAAUCCUGAAAAUGCUGAAUAUUAUAAUGGCAAAGGUAAAAUAGAAAUUGAAUGUUUACAUAGCAAUAACUUUAAAACAAAUGAAUCGAUAUGAAGAAGCAUUGGAAAAUUACAAUUUAGCUAUUCAGAAAAAUCCUGAAAAUGCUGAAAAUUAUAAUGGCAAAGGUAAAAUAGAAAUUGAAUGUUUACAUAGCUAUAACUUUAAAACAAAUGAAUCGAUAUGAAGAGGCAUUGGAAAAUUACAAUCUAGCAAUUCAGAAAAACCCUGAAAAUGCUGAAUAUUAUAAUGGCAAAGGUAAAAUAGAAAUUGAAUGUUUACAUAGCUAUAACUUUAAAACAAAUGAAUCGAUAUGAAGAGGCAUUGGAAAAUUACAAUCUAGCAAUUCAGAAAAACCCUGAAAAUGCUGAAUAUUAUAAUGGCAAAGGUAAAAUAGAAAUUGAACGUUUACAUAGCAAUAACUUUAAGACAAAUGAAGAGAUAUGAAGAAGCAUUGAUAUCUUAUAAUUCAGCUAUACAAUUAAACUCUCAAAGUUCAACUUAUUAGUAUCAUAAAGGUAAUACAAUAAUUGCAAACUAAUAGCUGAUAUUUUAGAGAAACUGAAUAGAUUUGAAGAAUCAUUGGAAUAUUAUAAUUCAGCUAUUCAGAAAAACCCUGAAAAUGCUGAAUAUUAUAAUGGCAAAGGUAAAAUAGAAAUUGAAUGUUUACAUAGCUAUAACUUUAAAACAAAUGAAUCGAUAUGAAGAGGCAUUGUAAAAUUACAAUCUAGCAAUUCAGAAAAAUCCUGAAAAUGCUGAAUAUUAUAAUGGCAAAGGUAAAAUAGAAAUUGAAUGUUUAUAUAGCAAUAACUUUAAGACAAAUGAAGAGAUAUGAAGAAGCAUUGAUAUCUUAUAAUUCAGCUAUACAAUUAAACUCUGAAAAUCCAACGUAUUAGUAUCAUAAAGGUAAUACAAUAAUUGCAAACUAAUAGCUGAUAUUUUAGAGAAACUGAAUAGAUUUGAAGAAUCAUUGGAAUAUUAUAAUUCAGUUCUUCAGAAAAACCCUGAAAAUGCUGAUUAUUAUAAUGGCAAAGGUAAAUAGAAAUUGAAUGUUUACAUAGCUAUAACUUUAAAACAAAUGAAUCGAUAUGAAGAGGCAUUGAAAAAUUACAAUCUAGCAAUUCAGAAAAACCCUGAAAAUGCUGAAUAUUAUAAUGGCAAAGGUAAAAUAGAAAUUGAAUGUUUACAUAGCAAUAACUUUAAGACAAAUGAAGAGAUAUGAAGAAGCAUUGAUAUCUUAUAAUUCAGCUAUACAAUUAAACCCUCAAAGUUCAACUUAUUAGUAUCAUAAAGGUAAUACAAUAAUUGCAAAAUUAUAGCUGAUAUUUUAGAGAAACUGAAUAGAUUUGAAGAAUCAUUGGAAUAUUAUAAUUCAGCUAUUCAGAAAAACCCUGAAAAUGCUGAAUAUUAUAAUGGCAAAGGUAAAAUAGAAAUUGAAUGUUUAUAUAGCAAUAACUUUAAAUCAAAUGAAUCGAUAUGAAGAGGCAUUGGAAAAUUACAAUCUAGCAAUUUAGAAAAAUCCUGAAAAUGCUGAAUAUUAUAAUGGCAAAGGUAAAAUAGAAAUUGAAUGUUAAUCAAGCAAUAACUUUAAAACAAUAAAAGAGAUAUUCAGAAACAUUGUCUAUUUAUGAUUCAGCUAUUUAGAAAAACCCAGAAGAAGCAAAAUUUUAUUUUUAAAAAGGUAUAUAUAUAUAUACAUAAAUUUAUUUUAGCUAAUACAUUAAAUUCAAUGAAUAGAUAUGAAGAAGCAUUACUAUAUUAUGAUCUAGCUAUUUAAAGAAACUCAAAAGAUUCUCAAUAUUAUAUAUGCAAAGGUCUAUAUAAAACUCUAUACUAAUAGCAAAUAAUUUAUAUGAUAUGA